AUGCGACACUUCACUGGGCUCGUUGCCAUCUUCCUUCUACCAUCACUAUGCUUCUGUGGUUAUUCAACUGGUCCAUCUUCCACAGUUAGCAUUGAUAACUCUUUGAUAGGUGAACCCGAAGUUGUCUGCGAAACUUCAUCUAUCUCUCUACUUUUCAAAACUCGGAACUCAUUCAAUGGAAAAGUCUUCGUAAAAGGAUAUGUCUCGGAACCAUCCUGUAUGUCUGUUGGCGAUGGUAAAACUGCCCAUCGGUUCUCAGUUCGUCACGAUUCGUGUGGAGUCAGAAGGCAAAGAGAGAUCAAUGGAGUGGUCAUUUCGGCUACUGUUAUCAUUUCUUUCCACUCAAUCUUCAUCACCAAAAUCGAUCGUGCCUACCGUGUCAGUUGUUUCUAUGUCGAGGGAACUAAGAAAGUGCACAAUCAUGUUGAUAUCAGUGCUCUAACAACCCAACUCUUGGAGAGCCAAACACAACUUCCAGUCUGCAGAUACGAAAUCAUGAACGAAGCUGGUGGAUCACCAAUUAAAUACGCUCGAAUCGGAGAUCAAGUAUACCACAAAUGGACUUGUGUAGCUGAACUUGAGAAUGUCUACUGUAUGAAAGUACAUUCAUGCACUGUUUAUGAUGGACAAGGAGGCCCUCCAGUAACUGUCAUUGAUGCCAACGGAUGCUCUGUGGACGGUGUUAUUCUUCAGAAUCUUGAGUAUACUUCUGACCUAACGGCUGGGAAACUUGCGCCAGUUUUCAAGUUCGCUGACAAAGCAGGACUCUAUUUCAACUGUCAGAUUCAACUGACAAUCAAGGACGUCAAUUAUGGAUGUGCCAAUACGCAACCUCAGUGUCCAUCCUCGCAAUACGUUGUGGAGCCAGCACAAAAAACAACUGAAACUGCGGAACCGUAUCCUUAUGAUAGCCAUGAAUCAGGAUAUCCAACUCGUCCAGCCAACUAUCCAGUUGCAUCUAGCAGAUACCCAAUCCCGUCUACGCAGGCACCAGCCAGUUAUCCAUCUUCUCCAGCUCCACCACCACCUGGAGCCAACAUUGACCACUCUUAUCCGGAACCUCAACCAAUCUAUAUCUCAGGAACUCCAGAUAACGCUUACGAUGCCAUUGUUGGGUACAACGACACCGAACAACCAUUCACAACAUCCGCUGCUUACACGGAAGAUGGGGUUUAUAGUCGGCUUAUCAAGAGAAAUGCAGUGGAGUCAUCAGAACAAAUAAGCAGUAAUGGGAAGAAGAGACCGGUUACUGUAGGAGAUAUUGACCUCCCAGAACGUGGUAUUUUGGUGUUUGGAUUAGAGGAGAUGGAGGAUGGAGAGACAACGAAUGGAGGUGAUCAUGGAGCAACAAAAGCAUUAAGAGAGGCUAGAAAUAGUCACGAGAAGACAUGUUUUGCCACUUCUCGGAUGUACUUCACUCUUUUCCUCUUUUGCCUUCUUUUUGCUGCAACUGUGGUCGUUUUCAUUGUGAUUGUUCAAAAACAAAGACAAAUUCUGGCACAAACUGCAUUCUUCAAGCCAUAA